AAAAAAAUUGUGUUAUGUUGUUUUUAGAAGUUUACAGUUUGCAUUUUUGGUUUUAAAUCGGAGGACAUUGCCACACUUGGUUCCUAGUACUCAUAUAAAAUGUCGACAGGAAUUUCCAUAGAUGAGAACGUAGUGAGCGAAUUCAAUGAAUUCAAAUUACGCAGCAAGUAUCGCUACAUGAUCCUUGGCCUUUCGGAAGAUAGUAAGUCAAUAUCUAUCCUCAAGACGGCCCCGUCCGAAGCGACAUAUGCAGACUUCUUGGCAGACCUCCCAUCUAAUGAUUGUCGCUAUGGUAUUCUGAAGUUUGACUACGAUGCUGGGAACGAUGGCUGGAGAACAAAGAUGGUUUUGUUUAUGUGGACACCAGACAAGGCGAAGGUGAAGCCUAAGAUGAUAUAUGCCGGCACGAAGGAUGCUCUCAAGAAAGCACUCCAAGGCAUUCAGAUCGAGAUACAGGGGACAGAUGCCUCUGAGGUAUCGGAGGAGGAAGUCCUCGCUAAGUGCAAGACCAUAUCUAAAUAGAGUGGGGUAACAUUGUCUCAUUCAUGUUGAGUGAGCUUGCAAGCUAUUCUGAGUUAGUGUGUGGUGAGUUGCAAUAGAACUCAAAUAAAGUGCGGCGAAACGGCUUGUACCUUCUCUCUCUUCUUGCACA